GCCAGCCAGCAGCAGGCGCAGGGCAGUGGCAAGAUCCUUAUCAGCAACCUGGACUUUAACGUCACCGAAGCUGAUCUCCGCGAUCUGUUCAGCCAGGUCGGCCCUGUCAGCCGCGCAACCCUGAACUUUGGCCCCACUGGAAAGUCCAAGGGGACAGGCGAGGUUCACUUCAGAAACGCUAGCCACGCCAAGGUGGCUCUCGAUAAGUACAACAACGUUACCCUGGACAAUCGCCCAAUGAGGAUCGAGGUUGUUUUCAACCCGUCGGCUGUUGUCCCGCCCAUGAUGAUGCCAACCAUGAUGGCCGCGCCC